CCGCGCUUCCGGAACUCGUUGCAAGGGGACGAGAGAAAGUAGUCCCUGAGUUGGGAAAGCGUUCUUCUGCGUCGGAUGAGGGGGGAAAGCGGUCAUCCCGGUCAGGAUGGGUUAAAGCGGAGGUUAAGGCCCGACGUGGGGUCGGGUUUGAAGAGAAAAAGAACGGCGUUGUGACGGAAGGCGGAGGGAUACAGGCGAGGAGGGGGGGAGCGAAGCGUCACAUUUGAAUGGAGAGCGCGAGAACGGCGAGCGGCCGCCACAGGGCGCUGGAGCGCCGAAGUGGCGAGAUUUUUCCAGCAAUGUGGUGUUGCUACUAAAGGCAGAACAAAGAUAAGAAUCCUGGGUAAGUGACCAUCUUUCGAACAGAAAAGCAAGAUAAUACAAAAGUAUUCUCCGAAUGUUCUCGUAUGCAAUGCAGCCUUUCUGUUGGGCAUGAAGACAACAUCAGUUUUACAAAGAAGAUGGAUUGUUCUACAAUAAGCUACUGCUCAAGUGCCUCAGAUAUAAACACUUCUACAGACACUUUCUUAUUCCCAAAAGGGGGAGAACAGAGCCAUGCAGGAAGCCCUCUGACGGGGGAUCAACCUGCCACCUUGGAUGACACAAGCUAUUUGACACCUGUCAAAAUGAAAUCUGAACCAGAUCUUAACUAUGAAGUAUCAACCUGCCAAACACCACCCCCUGUAGACUUCUCUACUGUCACAGUGGCUGAUUUUGGAAUCUCACCUGCUGCUUUUACUAAACAAAGUAAAGGGGCAUCCAAGAGUCUGAUCAACAAAUUUAAACGCCGAUCAACAAUUGGAGUGCGGGGAUCUCCCGAGAACAAUUCUCUCAUCCGAUACAUUGCUCACCAAAGAAGAGUAAGGAAGCAAAACACACUCCCAGAGGCCAAUCCAUUUAUACACCAAAACACUUUGCUGAAGGCUAAAAUAGCUGCUUUCCAAUCAUCUUUUAAGCCACUGGAGGAAAUUGAGGAAAAAGGGAUCCAUAUAAGCGAUACCCCUAAAGAAGCUAAUACAACACCAUAUGAGCCUUCCAAACAUGGGCAGGUUUUGACAUCUGGAUGUAAGAAAAUUGCUUUGGAGGACGAUAUAAAUCAUAAAGCCAUGAAUGGAGAUAGAAUAUCAGCUGGUAUCCAGACGAGUACUUUUGCUUCGCCAUCAGAGAAGGCUCUUCUUGUUGGCACAGUUGCUAUUUCUAAGGCUGUUCCUGUCCAGUCAGUAAGCAGUGUUGAAUCUGGAUGUAUGCAUUUGGAAUAUACUCCACAGAAGGAAGCGUCAAAGACUGAAUGUGGUAGGAAGACCCUGUGUGCCAAUGAAGAAUUAAGCAGGGAUGUUUCCUAUCAAAACAGCUGUAAGAAAGUUAGAUUUGCUGAAGAACAAAGAUUAGAAAUAUUUGACACCACCAAAGCGCCUGUCACUCCCCUGCAAAGUUGCUUACCAUCCAGUUCUCUUCGUUCUGCUCUGAAGAAAAUGCCAGUCAAGACAGUCAAGAUACUUCCUGAAGGCAUGACGGAGCAUCUUCACGAUCCAGGGAGGGAGGGAGGAACUGAACUGCUCUCCAACUUGAACAACUGUGAACUACUGCAAACAGAAAGAAGUAUUGGAGCGAUAGAGGAAGUGAAGCAAUGCAAGAAAGAACUAGAUUCUGACAUAUCAGAUAAACAUCUUCCAGUGGAUAUUCCUGCAUGCAGAGAAGACAGAGUUCCAUUGAGUCCAUCAGGCUCAACAGAAGAAGAUUUUCCUCACAUAACACCUAUCAAACAAUCCUUUUCCCAACCAAAUUUUGACGAUGAUGAUAAGGACCAAGGAUCACUGGAGGAAGUGGUGAGACCUGAAUGCUCUACAAGCCCUGAUUUGCAAGAAACAAAGAACAGCUCCCCUGAUCUGCAGGCUACUUACACUAGGAUUACCAGGUCGUGUACUAAAGUUAAGCGUGUCAGUGAAAGAGAGAAAAUAAAUCUCAGCCCAGCAAAGAAGCCACAAGCCAAAAAGAAUCUGAAGCGCAAAUCCAGUGGAAAUGAGAACGCCAGCCCCACAGCAAAGUCUUCUCAUAAAAAGACUCCAGCUAAGAGACAGAAAGUUUUUGGAAAGAGGAGGAAGAAAAAGAAGGAGCAGAAAGCACUGUACGGCCCACGAGAGAUUGUGUCGAAGAUGCCCCCUUUGAGUCCAAUUCCUGAGGCGAAAGAAGAGCUCUCCAUGGUGUCGUCUCAUCAAAGCACACCAACAUCACACCGUUCCAUCCUUGAUGAUUCCAGCGCUAACCUCCUGCAUGCAAAAUCAUUGAAUGGACCUGCUGAAAACGGAGUGCUGUGUUUUGAUGAAGGCAAUAACAACUGCCUGGAUCUUCCGAAUGGAGAGGAUCUGGUGACAAGCCCGCCCUCCCAACUUCACGAUGGUGCUGCAAACGAUAUGAAGAAAAUUGUUCCUCUGGACUCCCCUGAAAACAGCUCUCUUGAGAAACAGAAGUGUGCCUUGCAUGAAAACAAACUGGUGUUGAAAAAUGACUGUACCUCAAAUGAGGCUGAGAUGCAGAGGGUGCCAGAGGUACUAAACCUGAGUGGAAUGGAUCAAAAUAGCAAGGCCAAAGGAGUCUUGCCUUUUGCGGUUGGUUCUGAAAGAGAUCCGAUGAGGGGAAAAGAUGCUGUGGAUUUUAAAAGAUUCCCACGAAGAAGCAGAAGACUCACCUGCUAUCGUUCAAGUGUCGAGGCUUUUCAGUCUGAAACACCUGGAGAUGAUGUAGCUGAAAAUAAUACAGAAGAACUACCUCCUGUGGCAGAUGACCCUAUAUGCUUAAAGAAUUUAGAGUGCUCUGUAGAAGACAGAUCCAGACAUGUGAGACGUAGCAUGAGGCAACAUAAAGAUACAGAAAACAAGGGGCUUGUUUGGAUUCAGAUACCUGAUAAUAAUAUGAGAGGCCAAGCACCCCUGAACGCUCCUUCUAAAGCCAAGAGAAGAAAGUCCUUCGGUCCUCAAGGAUCAGAGCUGCUUCACCAAAUGCAAAUACAUUGCGUCCCGGGGCUCUUUCCACGGAAUGAGGAGCAGGAGAAUGCACAUGUUGUGACUGGCCCUCGGGAACCCAAGCGAAGGAGGAAUAGCAUGUGUGUGCUGAGUCCUAAGGAAAAUGAAAACGUCUUGCGGGUUCAGCGAAACAGAAGAGCGAGCCUGGGGUACAGAAGUGACCUCUGCUACCGGAAGGAUUAUGAAGCAAGAACAUUCUUCAAGAACCAGCCUGUUGUUUGAUUUAGACUGCUCCAGUUCAAAAGGGUCUGUAUCCUGGGUAUAUCAGAAGAGGGCAGUAUGACAUGACUUUUACAAAUUAUUUUUUGAAGUUGCUUUUUGUUUUGCGGAAGACAGUGGAUCCAUGAUUGAAGUCAUAUGGAAUUAAAAAUAAACAGGCCUGCCAUCCACCUGAAACGAGUCUAUAUUUUAGUUUUGCUGCAGACAAAGGCCCAAUAAGCUGCUGACCAUUCAGACCUUUGUUUCAUUUCAGUGAGACACAUGUUAAGCAUAUGCUUAAUUUUCUCAUUGAUAACAGCUGAAAAGUAGGAAAUGUUUAACAUGGAUUGAAUUAUAUGGAGCUGAUAUAAAACAAAGCUGAACCCGGCUAAAUUUGCUAUCAGUUGCUGAAAGUGAAGGAAACGGCUGAGAAGAGAGACAUUAAUAUUUCAUUUAUUCACUGGCCAGAAUCCUAUAAACUGAGAACGGAAUACCCUUUGAAAGUGAUCAUUCCGGCAGUCUGUCGCAUGCUCAGCAGAGAGCUAAUUCUGAAUAUCACUUUCAUGAAUCUUCCCAGGUGUGUGGUAUCUUGCAACAACAGGAUUUUGGUCGAUGGCUUUGAAUAUUGUUUAUUGAACUGUUUGUUUCCUUCCAUAAGUAAAUGUGGUUGGUGGAAUCAUUAGGGGAUUAUGUCCCAUUACUUUUUCCCUUUGUUGUUCUAGCCCAUUAUUGUACCAGUACUUUCUCCACAAGAUCCCAGUAUAUCUGAGUGAAAACAGAUUUGUUCAGGCAGGUGUUUACUCCACACUACUGCAAAAACUCUGCCAUCCUCAGCAAUUCAACAGUUGAGGUGCUCUUUAUUUUCCCAAGAGGAUUUUUUUAAACCAGUUUCCCCAUUACAUAUCUGAUGACAUGGGAACAGCCAUUUUCCCCCCGGCAUAUACCGGACCAUCUUUUUUGUAUGAAAAACAUCAACCCAUGUAAGUAUCUUUCUAAGACUUGAGAGAAAGUUGCCCCAUCAUUUGUAAAGGAAAGAUGGAUAUCAGAUUCAAUAUUUGUACAGUUGAUGAGAAGCAAAACGUCCCCAUGAGUGAAGUUCCUUGUUAUUUUAAGGAUGUCCAAGUUCGAUUGCAGACAAGAACUCCAGUCUUGUCCGACACCUAUCACUGGUGUGGUAAACGCCACAAUAGGUCUACAGCAGUGUUACUCUACAACAGCAGAGCAGAGAGGUGGAGACCCUUUAACUCCCCUUGGCUGCUGUUUUGUUGCUUGUCACAACUGGAGUAGGCCCAUUGUUUAAGUGGGAUUUGUAUACAUGUUGAUUACUACUCAGGAAUCAAGUCAGUGGGUCUAUUCUCUAGGAAUAGGAUAGUGGCUUAUAUCUCAAGGAAUUCAUCUCUCAUAACCCUCCUACAGUGAUGGCUUUGGAGCAGUUCGUCCACACUUCCUGAUAAAGUUCAAGAUCCCCAUUCUAGUUCCAUUUCACAUCCUUCAUUCUGCCCUGCAGCCUGCCCUUAUCCUCAGUAUUAAGACACAUCCUCUGUCCCCAUCCACCAAUGAUCACGUACUGAGUGUCCUGCUAGUUGCUUUUCUGCCAAGAGUUUUUUGAACCCAAUCUCUCGAUUUGCUGCCAGUCUACAGUAGAACAUGAAACAGUGUGUUGUUUCUUCAUGCAUCAGCUUCAGCCUUGGGUUUUUCUUUCCAGUUCUGCUGUAGAUCUGCAACUUGGUAUUGCAAAUCAUUUCCCCAAAUCAUUUCUCUACCUGGAGAGCUAAUGUUUUGCCCCACAGGCUUUUAAGAAGCAGAACAAUGCAUUUAUUUUUAAAAGCCUUCCAGUGUGUGUUGUUGUAGCAGUCUUUUGUUUUUCCCCCUACAGGACAGUUUCAUGUGAUCUCCCUCCCCCC